ACACUCCUCGCCCACCAUGUCGCUGCCCUCCUCGUCCUCCUCCUCGUCCUCCUCCUCUUCGUCGUCGCCCUCCUCGCCCUCCGCCUCCACCCCUCCGCCUCUUCACGCCAUGCACAUCCGCAGCACCCGACAGCUGGUCCUGGGCAAGGCCGUGGGCGAGGGCCGCUUCGCUCAGGUCUUUGCCGCCUCUGAUGCGGCGCCGACAGCCUCCGAUGCGUCUGAUGCCACUGCAAGCGGCGGGGAUGCACUGGCUUCAGGCAGGAAGUACGCCGUCAAGGCUGUGUCUCGUCGCGCCGUCCGCCGCGAGCACCAGGAGGCUGCCAUCAUGAUCGAGCGCGACGUGUACAAGGCCAUACUCGCGCCGCCGGCCGGGGCCGAUGCGCCGCCGCCGGCAUCGCUCCCGCGUGUAGCCGGCAUCAUGGCCGCACCAGACAUGUUCUACUUUGUCCUGCCACUGUAUGCCGGCGGCGAUGCUGCGGACUGGCUGGCGACGCCACUUGCUCUCGACGUCGCCCGUGCACUGGAGUGGUUGCAUGCUCUUGGCCUUGUUCACCGCGAUGUCAAGCUUGAGAACGUGGUUUUGGCCUCGAAUCCGGACGCCGAUCUUCCUUUGGCAGUACUCAUCGACAUGGGCUGUGUCCGAGUCCUGGACGACUCACCGCUCGCUGCUGCUGCUCGUGGCUACGAGGCCAAGCUGCUGGCCACUCCGGGUGUCCGACGCCUUCCGUUUGCCGGCACCGUCCCGUACAUGUCACCCGAGCAACUACGAGUGCCCAAGACCGUCGGCAGGGCAUCAGACAUCUGGUCGCUCGGCACGCUGCUCUUUGCUAUGAUCUUGGCCAACGCCUCUGGCCCGCUCCCCUUUGAGCACACGAGCGAGAUGGACACCAUGCAGGCCAUUGUCGCUGGCGCCUACACACCAGCAGCUCAGGCGGUGCUCGAUGCAUCGGCCUCUGCCUGCCCACUUGUGACCGACCUCAUCCAUCGCAUGCACACUCUCGAUCCCGCCGCACGGCCGACGAUCACCGACGUCAUCUCGAUUCUCCAGUCUGCUUUGGAUGCCGAGACCGAGCACGACGGCGCUACGGCUUCAGUUCCAGCUGAGCCUGCCGACCCUGACUCUGUCACUGCAACCGACGGUGCAACUAGCAGCCACGACCGCGAUGAUGCUGCAUCAUAA